UAAAAUAUUGUACGCUUAAUUAAUGGUGGGUAAACGUUCUAGUUUCUUACCCGGUGGUAAAUACGAAAUUUAGAUUUAAAAUUUUAGUAAAUAGUGUGUUAUACGUUGUAACUAUACAUUUACUGUAUAUACACGACACGAUACGAACUAGAAAGUGACCUUUGUCUGACUUGGACUAAAAUAAGAUUCAUUAUUACAACAUGGAACCAUGCGACAUACUCGUGACCGGGGGAUCCGGUUUCCUUGGCCAGCACGUUAUCGGACUGCUUCAAACAAGAGCUGAUCACGUGACGGAAAUUCGGGUGUUAGAUAUGGUACACUAUGAAAAUAAACUUGAUUAUAAACAUUCAAAGCCAGUGAAGACGUAUGUUGGUAGUGUAACUGACGAGAAGAUUUUAAAGGAGGCCUGCCACGGUGUCCGAUGUGUAAUACACAUUGCUGGCAUUCCAGAUUCUUCAAUGUUCCCUGAUAAAGAGAGAAUUAACAAAGUUAACAUUCAGGGUACUCUACUGACGUUGCUCGCGGCAUUAGGAACAGCUGGUGUUCAACGAUUUAUAUACUGUAGUUCUGUGUCUGUUGCUAUUGGCAACAAUGACGUCACCGACGGAAUUCGAGAGGAUGACCCAAUUCCAUCCAAGCGUCUUUUUGAACCAUACGCAUCUUCGAAAUUGGCGGGUGAACGUUUUGUAAUGGCUGCAAACGGUCCUACAUUUCGCACUGUUUGCCUGAGACCAUUGGUCAUGUGGGGUGAAUUGGAUUCUACAUUUGUUCAGCUUUCACUAAAAUCAGCGGCUCAAACAUUCGGUUAUUUACCCAGAAUUCAAUGCGGCAAAAUAGCGCACCACAAUGCAUAUGUUGGCAACGUGGCUUGGGGAUUCGUCUGCGCUGAAAUAAAAUUAUAUAACGAUUUGAAACGCAGUGACGUCAGAGGGAGCAUGUCAAACCAUGAAAAGGAUGAAAGAAAUAGAGCCGAGUUUUGUUCAGAACUACGCAGACGUUCUAAGCGAAUGGGGUCAAAUCUUGAUGAAAAUGAAGAUUUAAAAGAUGUAAAUAGUGACUUGAAAGAGUCGACUGCUAAUAUUUAUUACUUAGUAGACGACACUCCACCAAAUAACACUUACGAUUUUUUGAAACCAUUUCUAAAUGCGUCAGGUUACAAAAUGACAGAGUUUGCAUGUCCGUUGGUUUUAUUUGCAAUUGUGUACUGGAUAAUUUUUGGUAUUCUUUUUAUCGUGCGGCUGUUUGGAUUCAAAGUUAACUUUCCGGUUGCAGACGGACUUAUUGGUUUUAACAAACGAACUUAUGUGUUUAAUGACGACAAAGCACGUGAGGAAUUAAAUUACAGGCCACUAUAUUCACCUGAAGUAGCUUUUGAAAGGUCGAUCAAAUACUAUAAGAAAUGUUCUAACAAUGUCAGUUGAAACUGUUAGUUAAGCGUAAAAUUUACAUAGACUCUAUAUACCAUGUAACAUAAUAUUAAUAUAAAAAUGGUCGACUCAGUCCUGGUCUUGUGGCAAAUAUCGCGUUUUUUAAAAAUAUGUUGCUUUAUUUUUAAUUAAGAAUUUUUAAAGGCAAACAAACAUAUUGCCAAGAAAAAAGUCAAAAUAUAUAUCAAAUAUUGAUCAGAUUAAUUAA